AGAAAGAUUGGCUAUUUGUUGGGUGAUGUUGUUUUUCAUAGGUGGUGCGGAUAUUUCUUCUCACUUGGGUAGCUUUUGGUCAGAAAAAGCCAAAAUCAAGUAUCAUGGUCGUAUUAAGCGGAAACGAUAUUGGCGUACAUUUACGAAAGGAACGUGCUGGGCUUCUAUGGAACAAGGACCAGAUAAUGAGACAGCUUGGAAACAAGGUCGUGAAUCCUGGAAAAUUCCAAAAGAAGAAGACGAUAAAAAAGACGGCGAAGAAGCAGAAGAUAUGAAUAGAGUCUUGAAAGAAUUGAGUCAGCGCUUUGAUUGGCCCAAAGAGCAGCGUCCUUCGUCCAAAAGACAAGUUUCAGUGGAUCCCAUUUUAUUUAAUGAGCCAAGCUUUUUAAGAAGUCAUGCUUAUGAAGACUUUAUCAAGGAAAGUGAGCAAGCUAGGAAACGUAACCACGUGAAUUCGAUGGAUACCGAGUCCUUUAUGCGACUUUUUGAAAACGCAAGGAAAGGAUGGCUAUCUUGUCCACAAUGUAAAGGGUUGGCGCCACCUGAAGAAAUAGAAAAAUGGGGCUGGUGUUCUUAUUGUCACGCGGAAAUAGAUUUGAAAAGAAGUCCCGCAGAAAUUCUUUAUCCACAAGACGACGAGAAAAAGACUGACAAACAGAAGAAGAAUGAAACUAUUCAAUACGUUUCCAAGCGUGUUGUACAGAGGGAAUGGAAAAUUUCUUGUUCGAAGCGUGCCAUGGAAACGGUCAAUCCUAUUCGACAACUUGUACAAGGAAUGGCGGUCAAACCUAAUCCAGACAAAAAAUUGAUUGCUCUAUCCAUCGGAGAUCCCACAGCGUUUGGAAAUUUAAAAGUGCCUCGAGAAGCCAUGAAAGCUCUUUCAAAAGUACUUGCCGAGAACUCAGCUCAUGGAUACGCAAACUCUUUGGGAAAUGAACAUGCAAGGUCUGCUAUUGCAAGCAAAUAUUCUUAUAAAUAUCAUUCCAUUACUAAGGAUGAAGUUAUUCUAACUUGUGGUACUUCGGGUGCUUUGGAGAUGGUAUUCAAUGCUCUAUGCAAUCCUGGAGACAAUGUCUUGAUUCCUCGACCAGGAUUUCCCUUAUUUAAGACCUUAUUGGAUAAUUUAGGAGUUGAAGUACGUUAUUAUGAUUUGGAUCCUCAUCAACGUUGGCAAAUCAGAUUGGAAAAACUACCUCAAUUGGUCGAUAAUCGUACUGCAGCUCUAGUUGUGAAUAAUCCUAGUAAUCCUUGUGGAAGCGUAUUUUCAUAUUCUCAUAUGAUGGCCAUUGUGGAAAUGGCACAGCGUCUUUGUAUUCCUAUUGUAGCUGAUGAAGUCUAUUCAGAUAUGACAUUUUCAGGUAGCCAGUUCUUUUCUUUUGCUUCUUUAAGUGAAUAUGUACCUAUUUUAUCGGUGGGUAGUGUAAGUAAAAUGUUUGUUGCUCCUGGUUGGCGUUUAGGAUGGAUUGUCAUACACGAUCGUCAAAAAUUAUUAGAAAAGGGAAACAUCAUUCAAGGCUUGAGACAGUUGAGUAUGAGAAUGUUGGUACCUAGUUCACCUUUUCAAAUGAUUUUGCCAACAUUGUUUUCGGAUUCUUGCAAGUCGGACUUUGUAGCCCUUGUGGAAACAUUGGAAGAACAUGCCAAGUUUACUGUGGAUUCUUUAUCCAAGAUAAGAGGUUUAUCUUGUACUAGUGCACCUCAAGGAAGUAUGUAUUGUAUGGUUCAACUGGAUUCCCACUGAAGAGUCAGUUUUGGUAUUACCUGGACAAU